AUGAAACAGCCCUCCAACCGCGGGGUCAUCUGGGACCAAGAAAUCUUCGAUACGUGGAGCUACAACCAAGACCGAACCUUCUUUCAUACGUUCGAGCUGGAAGAGUGCCUCGCCGGACUCAGCUUCGUCGAUGAGAAAGAGGCUAAGCAGUUCAAGAAGAAAAUGGACGAGCGGGAAAAGAACGCCAGCCGAGCCACGAGAGCGACGCCCUUUGGCGGUUCUGCGCAUGCAUCGGGAGGCCAGAAACACAGCCUACUGGGGAACAUCUUCCACCGACACUCAAGCGUCUCGAUGAUGCCCGACACGACGACCUCCAACUUAUCGGGCUUUUCUCACAACUCUGGCUCUUCGGUCAGCUUCGACGACGCCAGGGGCGGUUCUGAGUUCGCCCUCCUGGAUGCCUUUGAUCCCAUGUGGCGCGAGCACUUCGGCCAGGACCUGAGCGACAAGGGAUUGACGGACGACUUCAUCAAGGACAACCAGGAGUUCAUUGUCGACUUCCUGCGAGAAGAACAAGCCAAGCUGCAGAGCGAAGCAGCACCGCCUCCCGCCCCGCCAGCCCCCCCUGCGCUGCCCUCGCCUUCGACCAACGGCCACGCCGUGAGGGCGCCGCCGCCGCCUCCUCCUCCGCCUGCAUCUGCUCCCGCGGCCGCUUCUGCUAUCAACAGCUCGCCUUCUGCGAGGAGAGCCGGACCACCACCUCCUCCAGCUCCAAGGCGGUCGGGUGCCAAGGUCGAUGGGGAUCCCACCCCACCAAGAGCACCGUCCCCUCCUCGGCCGAGAUUCAACGCCCCUCCUCCCUUGCCCGACGCAGGCAAGUUUGCGCAUCAGGUCAACGAGAGGAAGAAGCCCGCUCCUGCUGCUACUGCUCCGUCCGUCCCGGGACCUCCUCCUCCCCCGCGGCCCGCUAAAACGCCCAUCGACUCUGAAGAUCAGCAUCACAAGUUCGGUGUCCCACCUCCCUUCACCGGCCAGCGCGUCCCUGCGCCUCCAAGUCGCGGACCCGUGCCUCCUCCCCCGCCUCCUCGAGGCAACGAUGCCGCCGCUCCGGCCCCCGUGGCUCUCCCUCCGCCGCUGCCUCCCAAGGUGCCGAGCUCGAGUGCUCCUCCAUUGCCGCCGCCGAGUGCUCGACCGGUGCCUCCUCCGCCUGCGGUCAGCCACGCUCCGCCGCCUCCACCGCCUCCCGUGCCGGUAGCCAGCAGCGCUCCAGCUCCGCCGCCGCCGCCUCCUCCUCUACCUGCAGUCAGCGCUCCUCCUUCGGUGCCGCCGCCACCGCCGUUUCCCUCACCAGGCGUUGGAAGUGCUGCUCCUCCUCCUCCUCCACCGCCUCCUCCCAUGCCCAGCGCUGCUCAUCCGCCUCCGCCUCCCCCCGGCCCCCCGCCGGUCCCCGGCGCUGGCA